AUGGAGCUGGCGCAGGACGAACUGAACAAGAACGCAAAGAUCGCCGAGUGGAAGCUCAAGUCGAAGCUCGACAUCGCGCUGGACGGGGUGGAAGACGUCAAUAAGGACAACCUCAAGCUCGCCCUGCUGUCGCACUCGCUCUCCACCCAGCUGUCGCUCAUCCACGCCCCUCCGCCCGAGGACAAUAAGACCAUGCUCAACUCGACCGUGUUCGCCAAAGAGAAGGACUCCAAGCUCACCGGCUUCGGAUGCUUCACUCUCGACUACAAGGCGCAGUGGCCCGUCUCGCUCGUGCUGAGCAGGAAAGCGUUGACGCAGUACCAGCUGCUCUUCCGUCUGCUGUUCUACUGCAAGCGCGUGCGGAACGGCCUCGACAACGCCUGGCUCUGGCACCAGUCCAUGAAGGAGCUGCCCCACGUGCGAGCCCUCCUCGCCCACACCUUCCUCCUGCGCCAGCGGUACAUCUCCACCAUUCAGCAGCCAGUUGCCUUGGGGCGUGGACUCACGCAGGGGCCUAGGAUGCUGCACGUGGUGACGACCCUGGAGCGGUAUUUCCUGCUGGACGUGGUGGAGCCCAACUGGCGGCUGCUGGAGAAGCGCGUGCGGGAGGCGGCCACGGUGGAGCAGAUUCUGAGCUUUCACAAUGACUGCAUCAACUCGAGCUUGCGCCAGUGCCUGCUGACCGACAUCAAGCUCUUCAAGUCGACCCACAACGAACGGGAGAUCAUCGAGAGGGUGGAAUCAGUGCACGGCUGGGCCAACGCACAGCUCCUCGACCUGAUCGUCCACAAAUCCGAACUCAUCUCCCACCUGAGAUCUCUCAAACAGUACUUCCUUCUGGAGCAAGGCAACUGGGUUGAAAACUUCAUGGAGCUGGCGCAGGACGAACUGAACAAGAACGCAAAGAUCGCCGAGUGGAAGCUCAAGUCGAAGCUCGACAUCGCGCUGGACGGGGUGGAAGACGUCAAUAAGGACAACCUCAAGCUCGCCCUGCUGUCGCACUCGCUCUCCACCCAGCUGUCGCUCAUCCACGCCCCUCCGCCCGAGGACAACAAGACCAUGCUCAACUCGACUGUGUUCGCCAAAGAGAAGGACUCCAAGCUCACCGGCUUCGGAUGCUUCACUCUCGACUACAAGGCGCAGUGGCCCGUCUCGCUCGUGCUGAGCAGGAAAGCGUUGACGCAGUACCAGCUGCUCUUCCGUCUGCUGUUCUACUGCAAGCGCGUGCGGAACGGCCUCGACAACGCCUGGCUCUGGCACCAGUCCAUGAAGGAGCUGCCCCACGGGCGUAGGAUGCUGCACGUGGUGACGACCCUGGAGCGGUAUUUCCUGCUGGACGUGGUGGAGCCCAACUGGCGGCUGCUGGAGAAGCGCGUGCGGGAGGCGGCCACGGUGGAGCAGAUUCUGAGCUUUCACAAUGACUGCAUCAACUCGAGCUUGCGCCAGUGCCUGCUGACCGACAUCAAGCUCUUCAAGAUGGUAGAUCGUGCGCUGACGGCGUGCCACGUCUUCACCAGCUAUAUGGCGACCUGCGCCAAGCACAUCGACUCCACCGACACCGCACUCAAUAUCAACCUCUCGUUGAAGCAAAGGAGCGCCAAGAUGAAGGAAUCGGCGUCGAGCGUGCGAGCGGUGGUGGAGAGCGCCAAGUACCAGGCCUCGAUCACGCAGCUCCGGGACAAGUUCUGUAAAUACACCGACGAGCUGGUGUCCGCCCUCGCCUCGCUGCCCACCACCACCUACGACUCCCACAUGUCCCUCCUCGCCGAGCGCCUCCGAUUCGACGGGGCCUGA